AUGGCCUCUCUCCGCUCCACCUCCACCCGAUUCCUGGGUGCUGCCACAAGGCCAAUGCUCCGGCCGGCGACCACCAUGCUUGCAUCACGAUCCAUGGCGAGCGUGUCCGAGCCCAAAGCCCAGGUGGAGGAUUCCAACGCACACUCCACGCCCGCCGCAGAGGCGUCGCGUCUGAAGAGCUUCCAAAUCUACCGAUGGAACCCAGACCAACCGACAGAGAAGCCACGAAUGCAGACCUACACACUCGACCUGAACAAGACCGGACCUAUGGUUCUCGAUGCAUUGGUGCGGAUCAAGAACGAGCUGGACCCCACCUUGACCUUCCGUAGGAGUUGCAGGGAGGGUAUCUGUGGUAGCUGCGCGAUGAACAUCAACGGCAUGAACACACUGGCUUGCUUGUGCCGGAUCCCGGCCGACUCGAACAAGGAGAUGAAGAUCUAUCCCCUGCCACAUACUUACGUCGUCAAGGACCUGGUACCAGAUUUGACGCACUUCUACAAGCAAUACAAGUCCAUCAAGCCGUACCUUCAAAGAGACACACCAGCACCUGACGGCAAGGAAUUCCGCCAGAGCAAGGAGGACCGGAAAAAGCUUGACGGUCUCUACGAGUGCAUUCUUUGCGCCUGCUGCUCGACAUCAUGCCCUUCGUAUUGGUGGAACUCUGAGGAGUACCUCGGACCCGCCAUCCUGCUGCAAUCCUACCGGUGGCUGAUCGAUUCCCGAGACGAGAGGAAGGCCGAGAGAAAGGAUGCUCUUGACAACUCAAUGAGCUUGUACCGUUGCCACACCAUUCUCAACUGCACGCGGACCUGCCCCAAGGGUCUGAAUCCUGGUCUGGCCAUUGCGGAGAUUAAGAAGGAGAUGGCUGUGUAA